CCUCAGCUGCUGCCACCGGUUCGUUUUAGUCCAUAAGCAGGCUCCUCAUCUCCGGCGAAGCUCGACGCUUCACGGCGGCUUCCGCCGAGGCAGUCCCGAACUCUCAUCCGCCGACGAGCUCCGUCGCCGCUCUCGCUCGCCUCCCCAUGGCGGCGACAAUUCCCGCCCACAUCCCCCGCCCUUACCUCGCCGAGCCCGCUGCCCCCUCCGUCUCCACUCGCUUCCCCCCCCGCCCGCGCCCGCGCCCGCGCCGCGCUCGCUCCGCCGCCCGAGUCACCUGCGGAAGGUCCUCCGCGGACCAGCCGGCGCCGUUCGAGGCGACGAAGUCCGUGCUCGUGGACUACGACGAGGGGCGGCACGAGGUCUCGACUCGAGUGAGCGGGCUCCGGAAGAAGGAUAUACCGAGGCGGUACAGGACGCGGGUGGAAGCCGACCGGUUCCAGAAGGACUGGACCGUGUCGGAGGUAGUCGAGAAGGUGCUGGAGCUCAAGCACUGGGAGGAUGUUCAGGGAGUGUUGAAUCGCUGGGUCGGAAGGUUCGCGAGGAAGAACUUCCCGCUUCUUAUCAAGGAGAUUACGCAAAGGGGGUCUAUUGGACAUAGCAAUGAAGUUUUUAAUUGGAUGAAGAAUCAAAAGAACUACUGUGCUCGUAAAGACAUCUACAAUAUGAUGAUAAGGUUGCAUGCUAGGCAUAGCCAGACAGAUCAGGCUCGUGGUUUGUUCUUUGAGAUGCAAAAGUGGAGGUGCAAGCCUGAUGCUGAAACCUACAAUGCUCUUAUAAAUGUACAUGGACGAGCGGGUCAAUGGCGCUGGGCUAUGAAUAUCAUGGAAGAUAUGCUCCGUGAGGCUAUUCCUCCUAGUCGAACGACGUACAAUAACUUGAUCAACGCUUGUGGAUCUAGUGGAAAUUGGAGGGAAGCUCUCAAAGUGUGCCAGAAAAUGACAGAAAAUGGAGUGGGUCCUGAUCUUGUGACACAUAAUAUCAUUUUAUCUGCCUACAAGAGUGGCUCUCAGUACUCAAAAGCUUUAUCCUAUUUCCAACUGAUGAAAGGGACAAACAUACGUCCUGAUACCACUACUCUUAACAUUGUCAUGUACUGCUUAGUGAAGCUUGAAGAAUAUGGGGAAGCCACCAAUAUCUUUAAUUCCAUGAGGGAAAAGAGAGCAGAAUGCCGUCCAGAUAUCGUGACGUUCACUACCAUCAUUCAUAUGUAUUCAGUCUGUGGACAGAUUGAGAACUGCAGGGCUGUCUUUGACACAAUGCUUGCUGAAGGUGUAAAACCUAAUAUUGUCUCAUAUAACACCCUUAUAGGUGCAUAUGCUUCUCAUGGAAUGAGCAAUGAGGCUUUAUCAGUGUUUAAUGAGAUAAAUGGAAGUGGUCUCAGACCAGAUGUGGUGUCUUAUACUUCUCUACUUAAUGCUUAUGGGAGAUCCCAGCAACCAAAGAAGGCCAGAAAUGUAUUUGACAUGAUGAAAAGAAACAAAUGCAAGCCGAAUAUAGUGAGCUACAAUGCACUCAUUGAUGCUUAUGGAUCAAAAGGUUUGAUUGUUGAAGCUGUUGAGGUUUUGCGAGAAAUGGAGCUGCAAGGAAUUCAGCCCAACAUUGUUUCUAUAUGCACACUAUUAGCCGCCUGUGGCCGUUGCAGGGAAAAGGUCAACAUUGAUACUGUGCUUACAGCGGCACAGAUGCGAGGAAUAGAACUCAAUACAGCUGCCUAUAAUUCAGCUAUUGGGAGCUACAUGAAUGUUGGGGAAUUUGAGAGAGCUACUAAAAUGUACAGAUCUAUGAGAGCAAAGAAAGUAAAACCUGAUUGCAUUACCUACACCGUGUUGAUAAGUGGUAGCUACAAGAUGUCAAAAUACAGUGAGGCACUUGAAUUUUUCAAUGAGAUGAUGGAUUUGAAUGUUCCUUUGACAAAGGAGGUUUACUCAGCCGUAAUCUGCACCCAUAGCGGACAGGGCCAGCUCACUGAAGCAGAAUCCAUGUUCAGCGAGAUGAAAAUGGCUGGUUGUGCUCCCGAUGUUGUUACAUAUACAGCAAUGAUACAUGCAUAUAAUGGUUCGGAGAACUGGGAAAAAGCCUUUUUGUUAUUCCAGGAAAUGGAAAUGAGCAAAGUAAAUCUGGACCCAGUAGCGUGCUCAGCUCUGAUGAGAAGUUUCAAUAAAGGAGGUCAGCCGUCUAAGGUUCUCAACCUUGGAGAAUACAUGAAAGAAAAGAACCUGCCCUUCAAUGAUGCUAUACUAUUUGAAAUGCUGUCAGCUUGUAGCAUAUUGCGAGAUUGGAGGACAGCAAUUACUAUGGCUGGAUUGCUAGAGCCUUCCUUAACUACGGUGUCAGUCGGAUUGCUAAAUCAACUUUUGCAUUUUCUUGGAAAAAGUGGGAAAACUGAGGCGAUGAUAAAGUUCUUCUACAAGAUAUUGGCAUCUGGUGCUGAAGUGAACUUCUCCACCUACACGAUAUUGUUGAAAAAUCUUUUGGCCGCUGGAAAUUGGAGGAAAUAUAUUGAGAUACUGGAUUGGAUGGAAGACGCAGGAAUUCAACCUUCAAAUAGAAUGUAUCAUGACAUAUUCUCAUUUGCCCAAAGGAGUGCCGGCGCUGAACAUGCUGCUUCAAUAUACCAUCGAGUUGGUUUGUUAAAAGAGAAGUCUGCUGACUUGGCAUUUGUCGAUGAUGAUCGUAGCAUUCGACCACUGGCACCUUCAGAUAUAGCCGAUGAGGUUUUCAUCACAACUCUUUCCCAUCCUAAGGAUCAAGCUUGCAGAUAGGAUGAAUAUAGCGGUGACCAAAAUGUAUAGUAGCUCGUAUACCAGCAUAUGUGGAAAGGUGCAGGUUAAAGAAGAUAAUCCUUCCCUAGAGGGCUUUCGACUCAAUGGCAUCUGCCUUCCUUGGAAUGGCAGAGUUCCAGGAUUCGACGACUUUCGGACCUCAGAUCUUUGGAUCGGAUGAAAAAGUUUUUGUCACGGAACCCACUUGGCCAUUGUCUUACAAGGCCCCCUCAUCAUCAUCAGAUCAGAAGGAGAA